UGUCUCAAAUAAUAUAUCGUGUGUGACAGAUGUCGGUGUCGCGGUCGUCGUCCCGCACGCCGGCGCCCGCCGCCAGCGCCGCGCCCGCGCAGCCCGCCAAGACCUCGCAGGCCUCCAACAGCAGGGGCUCCGGUAGCUCUACGGAGUUGCAGCGCCACCAUUCGGAGCGCGCGCGGGACGACGUGCCCGCCAAGAAAGGUAAAGGAUCAUCUUCGAGCACGGCCAGUCAGGGGAGCAGUUCUAGUAAACAACAUCAGCAGCUGGCGGCGGCGGCGGCGGCGCAGAUGGCCUUCGAGCAGCACAGCGCCGCCGCCAUGCAGGCGCUGCAGCAUCAGCUGCUCAGAGGUAACACAUCACAUAUUGACGGGGGAAACGCUAUUUGUUACAACCGCCAUUUGAAAAUAAAAAGUGCUUCUGAUCUGAUAGCAAAUAGCGAUUUCUGCGUCGUUUAAACCGUGUUUAAUAAAAAUCAGAGCACUUUUGUGGCGGUUGAAAUAAUCAAAAUGUAGGUAUCCAUGUAUAAAGCGACAAAAAAUCAGCAGUU